ACCUUUCCCCUCUUAAAACCCUUAAACCCACACACACUGCAUAAAAACAAUUGUUGAAGAAGAAAAAGCAAACCGAUGACGAUGUUUACAAAACCGGUGGCCGGAAAAUCUAAUCUUCUAUUCCGAUGGGCUUCUUCCUUCCCUCGCACCUCGAGCAGCGCAUCAAUUUGCCUUAUCAAGCAGAGCAGCAGAAUUCCAGCGUCCAACCUAAUUUGCCGGAGCUUCUAUCAUAACAAUAGAAUUUCUCUUCCUUCUGCAAAUGGUUUUAAAUUACUGGGUCGCCCGGAAUUUGCGUUUGGUAAUUUGGGUCGCCGAUCUUUGCGGGUUUCAUCCGGCGGCGGCGGCGGUUCCGGUGGCAAAGCUGGUGGUGGUGGGUCUGGAGGUUCCGGCAAUGGAAGCUCAGGUGGUGGUGGGGAUGGUGGAAUUAACUGGUCAUUGCUUUCUUGGUAUAUGUCUCUUCUUGCAAAGUACCCCGUGAUGACAAAAGCUGUUACUUCAGCCUUUUUGACUUUGGUUGGUGAUCUCACCUGCCAGCUCUUGAUCGAUCAAGUACCUUCUCUAGACUUGAAGAGGACAUUUGUUUUCACACUAUUAGGGCUCGUUUUGGUCGGUCCAACAUUGCAUUUCUGGUAUUUGUCUCUGAGUAAAUUGGUCACAGCUCCCGGAGCUUCUGGUGCUUUCUUACGGCUGCUCCUUGAUCAAUUCCUUUUUGCUCCCGUUUUUAUCGGAGUUUUUCUGUCGACAUUGAUGACAUUAGAGGGAAGGCCAUCAGAAGUUAUACCAAAGUUACAACAGGAGUGGUUCUCCUCAGUUCUUGCAAAUUGGCAACUGUGGAUACCUUUCCAAUUCAUAAACUUCCGUUUUGUGCCACAACAAUUUCAGGUCCUUGCAGCAAACUUUAUUGCCGUGAUAUGGAACGUAAUUCUUUCGUAUAAAGCUCACAAAGAAGUUAUUGCCAAAUAGGCAUUGUAUUGCUGCACGAGUCGAUGAUGACCAGAAAGGCUUUGUAUUAUAGAGAGAAUCGAAGACGGAAAAAAAAAAAACGAGAAUGAUGGUUUUGAUUAUGAACUUUAGUUUCAUUGCAACUUGUAUUGGUUUGAAUUUAGUUUCUUUAUAGUUUGUUUCCAUAUGAAUGCGUUGACUUUGAACCUUGGGACUGCUUUCUUACUGGUAUGUGAUAAAUGUCGUUUUAGUGUUAAUAAUACUGUUUCGACUUCAAAUGU